CAAAGCUUGAACAAGCUUAUCUGGUUGUACAACAAAUAAGGAAAAGACGUGCCACUGUCUUUCGUCUUGAGAAAUCGCAACUCAACAGAGAAGCAAGUGAUGCCGCGUCCACAGCUCGAGAGCGCCAUAAGCCGGCAGGGUUGGAGGAAUCAACAGCUAGAAGCCAUACUGCCGAAACAGUUCGUGGAGAUGCCGACAGUGCCUUCUCUGGGUACUCAGACCCUAGUGCCCUCCGGACCCUCGGAGCCAAAAUUUGGACUCAUCAUCACUACCUAUCCGAACUACAUUAGCCUCCCGCGUAUCGUGGUCUCCCGCCAUCCUGACAGGAAGUCUUACCCCGGCCCCAAGCCCUCGGAGUGUAUGGGCCUUGUUAGUGAACUGGAUGGGUUGGACUUUCGUCUCAAGAAUGUUGACUUAUCGGUGGCGUCGCUGUCGCCUUGCUACAUGAGUGACGGCCACUAUUCCCAGACAAAUGGGGACUACAACCACCGCCCCGAGUUCUCCAAGUUGGCGCCGCGUUCCGCCUGCUCUGCAGGCUACAGCCCGCACUACGCCAGCAGCUGGACUCAGCCGGCCGCAGCGCAGACCAAGGAGACCGAACCCGAGAUCAAGUGGUCCCAUGCCGGCUCCAGGAAGCACGACAUACCCUGGGGAUGCUCGUUCAGUAAUUGGGGCCCGGAUAAGGGGCGGAUCCCGCCUCUAGACCACGCCUUUGACCCCGGAUUGCUGGACGAGUUUAACUUGGACCAGAUCCGACACGGCAACCCGCCAAAGACCUGGGGCGCAGACGAGCUGAUUGGCAGUAUCAAGAGGGCUGCAAAGACACUUGCACAUAAACUGCUGCGAAAUCCCCGGAGGCUUGGCUUGACCUCCAUGGCGCUCCUCGCUGCCGGCCUCCCCACGAUCGCCGCCGCAGCAGGGAACCGGUUAGUCCAACAGCUUAUAGGCAUCGCGGCCAACGCGCUGGUGUGGAGCUCGGCCCUGGCGAUCGUGCCCUUGCGGACGAUGGACGGCAUCGACAGCGUGUAUUGGAUCACGACAUACGCCGUGUGGGGUGCCGCGUUCGUAUACGUGCUGGGGAUGGCGCUUCUCCGGUACAGACAGCGAGAAGGUCCCAUAAAGCUGUUCCUGUGCCUCGCCUUCAUUGUCGCCAUCCACAUGCUGGGGGCGUUCUCGUCGCAGAACUCCGUGUUCACUGUGUCGGCCCUGUCGGAGACAAAUCCCCGUCUCGUGGGGGCGGUUCUUCAGGCGUGAGGGUGAG